UAGUAAUUAACAUAGCAAUGUUCGGCUCCUUUUGUACAUUUAAAAUCUUCCUACUAUAAUAUUUACUGAAAUAGAUUAGAAGGAGUUAACUUUGUUAUUCCUCAGACGUUUCACUGUUAUGCGCGUCUACGUCAUCCUCCUCUGGCCCCUCCCCCAGUCUGUGGAUUUCUAGGCUUGCAUCAGUACCAUUUCUAUCAUCUUCAGCGCGUACGCAACAGGAGAGGGACAGGGUAGCCCAGCGCCUUGGCGAAGACCAUCUUCAGUCUACAAUUAGGGGCAGAGAAAUCCAGGGAAAAAACUAUAUUCGCUCAUUGCAACGCAAGACGGCGAAAUAAAACGCACAAGAACAGGUAUGGAGAGCCUGUUGGAUAACCCUAUGAAAGCUGUCCUCUACCUGAAAGAACUCACCACCAUCGUGCAGAACCAACAGAGUCUGAUACAGACGCAGAGGCAACGAAUCGACGAGCUCGAGAGGAAGGUGGAAGAGCUGAUCGGGGAGAACCGGCAGCUGAAGGAUCCCCACGCGACGCAUCACUACCACCACCAUCACCAUCACCCGUCCCAGCGGAGCGCGAGCCCGCAGCCGCCGGUCCUCCUGCAUCAGCAUCCGGCGAAUAAAACCGGGGCGCUUCCCGGUCACCCUCCGCACCAGCUUCAUUGCCUGCCGGCACAGCCGCAGCAUCCGCCUCAAACAGCCAGUCAUCAGCUGCAGCUCGUCCCCACUUCUCCUCCGUCUCCGCAGCCGGGCCACUCCAGCCCGGAGUCCGCCGAGGAGGACAAAAAGAGCCCGUGCUGCAAGUCUCUGGUUCCCCAGACGCCCACCACACUCUGCAGGUCGGUUGGACUCGCCAGGAAAGCCGAGAACCAGACGGUGCUGCACCAGUUCUGCUGUCCCGCUCCUGACGCACCUGAGGGGGAGUCCUCAAACUGUUCCACCAGUGACGCCCAGCAGCCUGGGUUCGAGGGGAACGCACAGGAUGCAGUGGAGGAGGAUGAGGAUGAUGAGGAGGAGGAGGAGGAGGUGGAGGAGGGGGCGGGGGCCCGGGGGGGCGCGGGGCAGAAAGCCAGCCUGCACCACACCGCCUCUCCUGUGAGAGCAGAGAGGAGAGAGGGGCCCGCCACCUCCGACUACGAGCGCGCGCUCGACCUCAAAAACAAGCAGAUCGAAAUGUUAGAGCACAAGUACGGGGGUCACCUGACCUCCCGCCGCGCCGCCUGCAAGAUCCAGACGGCCUUCCGGCAGUACCAGCUCAGCCGGAACUUCGAGAAGAUCCGCAACUCGCUGCUGGAGAGCCGGCUGCCGCGGCGCAUCUCGCUGCGCAGGGUGCGCCUGCGCCAGGGCGAGGGCCUCUCCGCCGAGCGCGCGCUGCUGGAGGGCUGCGGCCUCGCCGGCGUCCCCCUGGUGCGCUCCCCGUCCCUGCCCGCCACCAUCGGCGGGACCCUGACCGACCUGGAGGACUCCUUCAACGAGCAGGUGCAGUCGCUGGCCAAGUCCAUCGACGACGCCCUCAGCAGCUGGAGCCUGAAGGCCAUGCAGUGCUCCGUGCAGGACGGCGACGGCGGCGGCGGCACCUACCAGUUCACCGAGGCCUUCAGCGCGGGGUCCCCCGGGCCUGCGGGGGGCGCCGGGGAGCCGGGGGUGGGUCCCGCCACCCUGCCGGCGGCGGCGGGGCAGGACGACGGGGCCGACGCCCUCUCGCGCAGCGCCAGCAAGCUGAUGAUGGCCUUCCGCGACGUGACGGUGCAGAUCGACAGCCACAACUUCCACAUGUCCUCCUCCGUCCUGGAGUCCACCUCCGUCUCCGUCGGCAACUGCCUCCAGCAGGACGGCCCCUGCGAGGACCCCAGAGAGGAGCCCCCCCCCGAGGAGUGCCAGGUCCCCCAGGAGGAGGGGCCCCCGGAUCCCCCGGAAGUUGAGUGCGAUUUUGAUUUCCCCGCACCCCCACCCAGCAUGGAGGACCUGGCCCUGGAGAAGCUGGAGCCCCUGGAGGCGGAGCCCGAGGUGGAGGCGGAGCCGGCGAUAGAGGCGGAGCCGGUGGUGGAGGCGGAGCCGGAGGUGGAGGUGAAGCAGGAGGUGCUGGAGGCCAAGCGCAGCGAGUCGGACACGGCCGACAACAGCUCGGAGCAGAUGAGCAGCAGCAGCACCUCCACCUCGGCCAAGUCGGCCUCGGAGGCGUCCUCCAAGGAGGCGCUGCAGGCCAUGAUCCUCAGCCUGCCCCGCUACCACUGCGAGAACCCGGCCAGCUGCAAGUCCCCCACCCUCUCCACCGACGUCAUGCGCAAGCGCCUGUACCGCAUCGGCCUCAACCUCUUCAACGUAAACCCGGACAAAGGCAUCCAGUUCCUCAUCUCCCGCGGCUUCAUCCCGGACACCCCCAUAGGCGUGGCUCACUUCCUGCUGCAGAGGAAGGGCCUGAGCCGACAGAUGAUUGGCGAGUUCCUCGGCAACAGCAAGAAGCAGUUCAACAGGGACGUCCUGGACUGCGUGGUGGACGAGAUGGACUUCUCCGGCAUGGAGCUGGACGAGGCUCUGCGCAAGUUCCAGGCACACAUCCGGGUCCAGGGCGAGGCCCAGAAGGUGGAGAGACUCAUCGAGGCCUUCAGCCAGCGCUAUUGCAUGUGCAACCCGGACGUGGUGCAGCAGUUUCACAACCCCGACACCAUCUUCAUCCUGGCCUUCGCCAUCAUCCUCCUCAACACGGACAUGUACAGCCCCAACAUCAAACCGGACCGCAAGAUGAUGCUGGAGGACUUCAUCCGCAACCUGAGAGGGGUGGAUGACGGAGCGGACAUCCCGCGCGACAUGGUGGCGGGAAUCUACGAGCGCAUCCAGCUGCGGGAGCUGCGCUCCAACGAGGACCACGUCACCUACGUCACCAAGGUGGAGCAGUCCAUCAUGGGCAUGAAGACUGUGAGUCCGGGCACGGCAGCCGUUAUCAUAUGCAGACGGUCAAUUGAACAAACCGUUAUUAACAAGCCCCAGAAGCAGGCCGCCCACCAGAGGGAAGUCUUCCUCUUCAAUGACCUCAUCGUGAUCCUGAAGCUGUGCCCCAAGAAGAAGAGCUCGGCCACCUACACCUUCUGCAAAGCCCUGGGCCUUCUGGGAAUGCAGUUUCACCUCUUUGAGAACGAAUAUUACCCCCACGGCAUCACCAUCGUGUCGCCCCUCUCCGGCUCGGACAAGAAGCAGGUGCUCAACUUCUGCGGCCAGAGCGCGGAGGAGCUGCUCAAGUUCGUGGAGGACCUGAAGGAGUCCAUCGCCGAGGUCUCCGAGAUGGAGCAGAUCCGCAUCGAGUGGGAGCUGGAGAAACAGCAGGGGGACAAGACUCACUCUUCCAAAAACAACAACGGCACGCAGCUGGACCUCCGAGGGACGCAAGCCUCCCCGCUGGGUAAGCUGGACCCGGACGAGAAGAGCGGGAAUAACAGCAUGGAGGUGUCAAUUCACAACAGGCUUCAAACGUACCAGCGCCGUGCGUCCCGGAGCCCCGAGACUGGAUCCCUCCCGGGCACCCUUCUUAACCACCGGGGGGCGCUCUACCAGCUGCAGCUCCAGCCCGGCGGGGGCACGCCGUCCCGCCAGCCCGGCCCCGUCGCCGACCUGCGCCCGGACACGCUCAUCCAGUGCCAGCAGAUCGUCAAGGUGAUCGUCCUGGACCAGGGCGGGCGCGGCCGCGUGGAGGCCUUCCUCAGCCGCACCCCCACCCACCAGCUCACCCGCUCGGCCGUCUCCACCCCCGCCCGCUCCUCGGAGGGGCGGGACCGGGAGGACGCGGGCUCCAAACCCCCCCUGCCUCCGCCGCCGCCCCCCUACAACCACCCCCAUCAGUACUGCCCCCCUCAGUCGCCCCAGCCCCUCCUCAGCCGACGGAGGUACUCCAGCGGCUCCCGCAGCCUGGUGUAAAUAGACCUUGACCUCUGACCUCCGACCUUUUAUAGACAAAAUACAUAUAUUAUAUACGGUACAUAUGUAUAUAUGCAGAGAAGAGUAAAAAAAUGAAAAAUUAUAAUUACAGUAUAUUUAAGAGAAAGUGGAUAUAAGCAAAAACAGAUACAAGCUUCCAGAGUUCUACUUAAUUCAUGUGUAUUUUAUGAAAGAUUAAGUAGUUUUAACCAAUUUAUAUAUAGCAUUGUGUGUUGGGUUACUCUUUGAUGCAGUUUGAGUUUUUCCUCAGUGAACUGGCAUUUGGACAAAGGCCAUCAAUACCCCUCCUCCUACCUUACAUUACCCAUCUGCAGGGUGGUUCCAGGCCUUUUGUAGCCCUUUGUUUGGUUCUUUAUCCUAAUCUUAUACAGUACUGGUGUGUGUGUGUGCUUGUGCAUGUGAAUAUGCGCGCACGUGCAUGAGUACGUGCGUGUGUGCGUGAGUGUGUAUGACACUGAAGAGACUCUUUAAAAAAAAACAUCAUAAUUGGCUAAACAAAGGCCAACCCUACAAAAUCUGAAAUUUUUCCGCAGCCCAAUUAAGUCAGUGGGAGAGACAUGUUUGUUCUUCAACAGCGUGUACUUUUAUUUUUUUAAAGAAGAGCCAUUCUAAUCUAGUCUAACUGAAACUAGCACCUCACUUUCUCAAUAUUCAGUGUCACGGUUGUUUUUUUUUUUGUUUUUUUUUGUGUGGGGCUCAUUUUUCCUCCAUUUUGUUCUGUUCCACAGCUGCAGUGAUGGUCAGAUCACUGUGCUGGUAAACUGUCUGACGUGAUGCUUUCUGUUCAGAAUGGGAAACCACUGUAAACAACAGUUCGCUGUAGCGCAAAAAGCCUGUUCAAACCAGAGCAGUACUCUUGUGAUGCAUAUUGGUCUGCUAAGGAAGAUUAAAGUUGCAGGAUAUAGAGCCUCAUAUUAAAAUGAAAUUGUGGGUACUGUACGUGAGGUGUUUUUGCAAAUAUCCUGCGUUGGCAAAUGCUGCAUUACUGCUUACACAGUGACAUUUAAAACAGGUUGCUUAAUUUGACUUAAAGAGGUUGCUCUCUGUUUGAAUAUUUUCCCUUCUUAUAUUAACAAUAUUGUUUUUAAUUAUGACUUUAUUUUUUACCAUGUAGUGUUGACCGCUUAUAAGCAUUGCACAGUAUGAAAAAAAUCUAAAUUUUUUGUAUAUACUGAAUAUACAUUUAAAAUGCGUACUGUACUGUACAGAAGACAGACUGACAUGUUUAUACACGCGAACAUCCUUUGCCUAUUUUAAAUAGUAUUGCUUCCAGUAAAUGUCCCCAAUCUUUUGCUGUUGCAAUAUGAAUAUUCUUGUCACUGCAUAGACACGCACAUUGUUGGUUUUGUGCAGAAUCUUUUCAUUUGAAAUAUCUUGUAUGUUAUUGUGUGGUAGGGCAACAGAAAUUAAAUCUGGAAUUGGUGCGAAGCCAGACUGUAUUGUUUUGGAGAUGUGCCACGUCCAUGUCAGAGGACAAAAAAAUUACAGGAGGCAUUGUCAGCUGUCGAUGUACCGCCCUGCAGACAUUUACACGAUCCCCGUCCGUCCCUCCAUUCCAAUACCUGCGGUGAUUGUGUUUCCUGUUCGGGCAGCUGUCCGAGAGCACUCAUAUUUCUGCUUCUUAUUCCGAGUGUGAUGAGAACUGAAAUGCAAUCUUAUUCAGCUGUGCUUCGGCGGAAGUGUUAUCGCUUUGUGUGGACAUAUUCAUUUGAGCUGUAGUGAUUUAUGACUUUUUUUUGCUGUCGGGGUUGACUGGUGGGUGCUGCCAUCCUGUCCAAAUGCAGCCGGUGCCCAAACCGGACAUUUAAUCUGCCUGAUCCAUCGGAAUCUUUCAUCGCCGAAAACCGCACCUGGCGUGACAAGCAAUUUGUUUUUGGACCGAGUGUGUUUCCUUCGUAUUACAUGUCCAGAAAUGAACUGCUAGUGGAUAUGAGAAAUAUGUAUUUAUGAGCAUAAGCCAGUGCUCCAAAUGGAUUUGUCGGAUGUCAAACCUGAAGUGAAGCAUAAAUAUGUAUGAAUUUCACCAAUGUCAGUUACACACUGGAAAUGUUUUUGCAGAUGUUGAUUUCAUUUGUUUGUUUUGAAUGUCGCGUGUCCAGAUUCUCUGCUGAUUGGUUGGUUCGCACUGGAACACAAGCCGCAAAUCCCAUCAAUCCAAGGGCUACACAAUCCAAUAUGUCAGGAUUGUCCAGAGCUACUGCUGCGACCUGAAAAAUGGCCACCGGUGUGAUGUUCAGGAAAGUGCAGCAACAGCUGUUGUUUCCAUCGCCAUUUUAACAGCAAUAGCAUGUAUUCCAGUGUGAAUUGGUCAACGACAUUAUAUUACACAGGCGUCUUAAAUAGACGCCUCUGUGGUGAGCAGAAGCAUUCUGGGGUCCGUUUGUCAUGGAUGUAAGUUUCCCGGACUGUCACACAAAGACUUAGUUUUUUUUUUGUUUUUUGUUUUUGUUUUUUAAAGAGCCUAUAUGAUAGUUUUUGUUUGUACCUGUGCAGAGUUGAGCUCUUCAGUUUACCCUGUGUGUGCUGGGGACUGACUGGGUGGUGCUCCUUGCCUGUCAGUGUGAUUUUGGUGUGUUCACCUGUGUGUGAACACCUGCGCAUGUUUUUGCCUAGUGGACCCAGGCUUUGAUCUGUCUCCUCUUUGGUAUUCUGUGACAUCCUGGCAGAAAUGUGAGCCCAUUAGGAAAUUAGUAAUGGUUCAGUCUGCCACACCUCUACUGAGAUGGUUCAGUCUGCUUCCCCUCCCGCUGCGAUGACCUCAUAAUGCCGACUCAGCUCAUUUUCCCUCUUCAUAAGAAAGAAACUUUUACUCUUGUUCUUGUGAACAAACGUUCUUUGACAGCGAAUGGAAAAGAUCAGACGUGACUCAGAUGUCGGAUUUGGCAUUUUAAUUGUUUUGAUGUUGAGGGAUACUGUGUUCUUGUCAGAGGCUUUCUCUCUUUUCUAGUCAUUAUUAAGUCCCACAAAAGGUUUUUCCCUCCCUUGAGAAAACAUAUCUUUAAAGUGGCAUCAAUCAACAAAAUUUUGUUUAAUCAGUAAUGACCCUUCUGUCAAAAAAUGGACAUAACACAGUUCAUCCAGCUACGGGGAGAAUAAUUUUGGUAAAUGAAUUGGCGUGUGGUGCAGACAUGCUUUUUUUCCGUGAUCACUGACCUGGCUCAAGGUUUUCAUGAUGUCAUCCUCUCCAGCUGCAUAACCACCUGGGCAGUUCAGGCGGAAUUGACAUCCUCGAGUGUUCCAUCAGUGUUGUGUCUGGAGGCAUUGACAGCGGGUUCACUUCCUAAAUCUCCACACCUUUCUGUUACCAUGGUUACCAAGUCACUGGGUAAAAUAAAGCGCAGAUUUAAGCGUCUGAUGCUUCCUGCUGCUCUCAUUACAGCAAAGCAGAGCCUGUCGCCCUGGAAAUGAGGUGACUUUUGUGAGAAGCAAAGCCUCUGUUGCCGUCGAACGACAAACAAAAUAUGUAUUGGAUUUUAAUAUUAGUGAAGUGAUAAAUAAAAAAAGCCAGUGUUCAGAUGGACAGAUUUUCUGUUUGGUUUCCCUCUGUGCUUUCAAAUGAGAAAUAUUUGCUGUAAAAAAUGAAGUGGACCCACCGUGAAUUAUUAAUCCAGGUGAUUCCAGACUCCAGCUCCCUCACUAUACAUGUAGCUCUUUCAUUCGCUUGAGUUGGUGAAGGUUGUUUGUUCUGAACCUGUGUUUACCCAUGGAAAUGUGCUUCGCUCGGUUUGCUUUUUAUCCAUCAGUACCUCUCUGUUAUUCCAGGUCUUCUCAAAUAUCCUACAUGAAUGUACUGAAGUGCGUUGUUUGUUGUUUUGCUUUCUCCUGCUUUUCCAGCAAUCUGUAAACUGUGUAUUUCUUCCUUGUUUUGAUUUCUGUUUGAAUCGUCUUAUGAUCAGUUUCACUCUGCUAUCCCCGGGACACUGUAUUGUUGCUGCUUAGCAACUUUGAUUAAUGUAGGCCUGUCGUUCUUGAUUUCAGCACAUCCUGCUGGCAAGGGGGGGGGGGGGGGGGGGGGUUGAUGUCUGACAGUUAUGGCCUGGAGUGGCUGAUUAAAAAUGGCCGUUUCAGAAUGAAAUGUCACACGCACGUGCCGUGCACUAUGAUCUGUGGACUGUGCGGUCUCUCCCCCCCCACAGAAAUAUGGUUUUAAUUAUAAAAGUGAUAUUAAUGAGGGAUGCCUGUGACUAAUUUACACUGCUGAAAUGCAGACUGAUGCUGGAUCAGGUCAGUUUAUCAUGCAGUGUACACAUUAAAGAUGGCGCACGCUACACGGUUUGGCAUUCAGUUGUGCGUUACACUGAUUUGCUUGAUAGUGUUGGUAAUGUACGUUCGCCCUUGAAAUGCAGCGCAUGCAUUGAAUGACAAUUUCGAGCUCCAUUCUCUGUCCUGUGGCAGGCUGGCACUUAUUUAAUUUGAGAUAUGGUUAAUGCACGCUUUCUUUUUAAAAAAAGUCACUUGACCUUUUUAGGGAUUUAUAUGUUUCGGCUUGUGUUGAAAUUGAAGGAUCACAAUGACUGAUGCUUUCAGUGAAGGUCGGUAAGAUCAUUUCUGUCACAUGCUUCAAGAAAAGGCCGCUUCGUUUUAAGAGAUAUAUAUGUAUAUAGUAGUGUGGGCAAAGAAAAUGGGAAACGAAUAUGUAACAUUGCUUAAUAGCAUCAACGCUGUUUUUGUGCACUUCCAUCCUCUGUUGCCCUUUGCUGACGAUGACUUUCAUCACCUUCAUCAUCAGGAGAGAGCUGUCCAACCUGAGGUGUCUGGGCAACCGUAAACACCCCCCCCCCCUUUUCUCCAGACUCAUCUGCGAGUGUGUGCUGGACCUGACAUGGAUGUGGGGACCCUGGCUUAUAGGUUAGACUGCUUUGCAUAUUCGCCCGCCUCGGAACUGACCGUGUUUGUGAUGUCACAGUGGACCCAUCCUAUCAUUGCCACUUCCUGCCUGUUUAUGCUACGCUUUGCUUUCAGCCAAUUUGCAAAAAAAAGAAAGAAAAUUUGUAUUUAAAAAGAACUGAGAUAUCAAACAUGUAUUUAUCAAUAACCUUUUUUAAAAAACUUAAAAAAAAAAAUUAAAAAAAAGCUUUCCUCGAGAAUUUGCACAAAACAUUUUGGUUUAAUUUGUAUUAUAGAGGCUUAUAAAUGAGUUGUGUGUGUGCCAAUGUAUGUAUAAAUAUACUGUGUACAGAAAAAAAAGAAUCAACCUGUAUUUUGUUAUCCAACAGCAGAGCUCUACAUAUAUUCAGAUUAAUAUUGUAUAUUGAAGUAUCGGGACUGGAUAUCCAUUUAUCAAUAUACUAUACAAUGCUGGUAGGUGAUGACUUAUUGUAUCGCAGUUUUGUUUUUUUGUUUGUUUUAUUUCUUGGCAUGCGUUUGCUUGAUCCAUCUAUAAAGUGCAGAUGGGUGUUUCCUGAGGGUGAAAAGGGCUAUUGCUCCCAAGAAAACCGCUGUGCUCUGAGCAAGCACAGUCAUUUCUGUUCUCUUCUUUAAAAUUUUUGAGACUUUUAAAAUCUGUGCUUUGCUAGGUAAAUCCCCACCGGUAGCCGCCUGUCCUCAAAAGAUUUCCGUUUCCCAGUCUGUUAGCUUUUUGCAUCCUUCAGAACACAUCUGCGGACAAAGGGGAACCAGCCAGGAGCAGCUCGAAAAACACUUUCUAACGUACUUUAGAAUAAGCAAUAUCACAUCAAGGCAGUUCCGGGAAGUGUUCAUGAGCACACUGAAACUGGGGCAGUGCUUGUGUUUGUAUUGGUACGGGAGGUAUUUAUUAUUUACUGUGGAUUAUAAUUAAAGAUUGGUCUCAGAGUGCUGUGGUAUUGAACACAAAAGUAAUUAUAUUUCUCCUUCUCUGUGAAAGACCCUCUAACGUAUGAUUAAAUCCUCAGGGAUAGGGGCUACUGUGGAGGGUGGCUAAAGAGAAAAAUGGUGUGCAAAAAAAAAGAAAGAAAAUUUGCGAUCGAUCAGUUUGUUAGCAGCACUAAGGGUUCAAAGGAAUGCUGGUACAACUGCACUAUGACAAGAAUACUGAACAGUUAGUGUUGAUUUUAAAAAGAACAACAACAAAACAAACAUUUUUUAAUCUCAUUUAUUUUUUUGAGCCGAAUUGGAAAGCCCCAGUCAUAUAUAUAUAUGUGUGUGUGUCUGUGUCUGUGUCUGUGUCUGCGUGCGUGCGUGCGUGCGUGCGUGCGCGCGCGAGUGUGUGUAUGUCUGUGUGUGUCUGUGUCUGUGCGCGUGUGCGCGUGUGCGCGGUCGGUCCUGUACUGAAGCUGUAUCAUUCUCUGUCAGUUCAGAACAUUGCAGUCAAGCCCCAUGUCUCCUUGGAAACGUGUGUUACCAGCUGCAGAUGAUUUUAGUUUUCAUAGUUUUCAUGCUGCUAGCUUAGCUGCAUACUGCGCCAUUGUGCAACUCUACCUACAGUAUGCAGCUGCUGCUGCUGCUGCAGCCGGACUGUUGCCAGCCAAUCAGAGCAGUCCGGAAUCCAGAACACCUGCCAGCUGGAAAUUCGCCAUCUCCAGAGUGAUGAUGUUGACGGUUAUGUGUACCGCCCUGUAUAUAUACCAGGCUAUUGGUCACAGCUGGGCCUGAAAAACUCGAGGUUUGAUUCUGGAAUGUGGGACGUACUGUAGGCUACAACCCCACUGCUCCUUUAGCUGAGUCGGUUUGGUUAUUAGCACGGUACAUAUUUAGAAUUUAAUUAGCCACCUUGUGUUACAUUGUCUACAGUUUCCUUAUGCCAGAUCAUCAAAAUGUACUUUUUUUUCCCUCCCUUCAGCUGACAAAUUCCUCCAUUUUCCCGUAUUUAUUUGCACCUGUAUACCACAGACCCAGCUAUCCAGAGGUGAGAUGUCUCCUGACCCCAUAUAACCAUUAAUAGUCACACUUUUACCCAAGCUGUACACAAACCAAGCCUCCACGGACGUCUCGAUAAUGACUCCUCUUAAUGGAAUGGUCCUCGAAACACACAUUUGCUGUACAAUACAAGAGUCUUUAUUAUUAUUUUUUUUCUAUUUGAAAUCCCCUGCAUUCAGAUGUUUCACCCUGUCUCGCAGUACGCUUCUUGAAAUGAGAAGUUAAGUGAAAAAAUAAACUUUUUCCCCCCUGUG